GGACAAAUACAAUUCUCUCUCCGACAACAAUCCAUCACACGGCGUCACAAAAGGUUCCGUCUUUUUAAUCCGGUCCGGUCGAAACCCUAAACUGGCGAGGAAGCAAUGAAAGGGAUCGCGAGGAUUGUGAAUUCUCUUUCGCGACUGGGUGGUCGUGAGAUCAUUUCUAGAGGAAGUAGUAAGCUUUCUUCGUCUCUUCUUCUGGUAUCUCGUCGCUCGAUCUUCAUCUCGGCGGCAACGCACUUUCCGACCAAUUCACGUGAUCUCACCUCCUCUUCGAGAUCUACUUUUUCACUUCCUCAGAAAUGGGCUUUUCUCGGAGGGGUGGGGCAGAGAAGGACGAUGUUUAUCCAAACACAAUCUACUCCGAAUCCUUCUUCUCUCAUGUUUUAUCCUGGAAAGCCAGUCAUGGAGGUUGGAAGUGCUGAUUUCCCUAACGUUCGUUCUGCUCUAGGCUCACCAUUAGCCAAGUCCAUUUACUCCAUUGACGGUGUGGUUCGAGUUUUCUUUGGGUCUGAUUUCGUCACUGUGACAAAGUCUGAUGAUGUAUCGUGGGAUAUCCUCAAGCCUGAGAUAUUUGCAGCUGUCAUGGAUUUCUACUCCUCUGGCCAGCCUUUGUUUCUCGACUCACAAGCUGCUGCUGCCAAGGACACUGCCAUCAACGAGGAUGACUCUGAAACCGUAGCAAUGAUCAAGGAACUCUUAGAAACUCGCAUCAGACCAGCAGUCCAAGAUGAUGGUGGGGACAUUGAGUAUUGUGGGUUUGAUCCUGAAAGCGGAAUAGUGAAGUUGAGGAUGCAAGGAGCUUGUAGCGGUUGUCCAAGCUCAUCUGUUACUUUGAAAUCUGGAAUAGAAAACAUGCUGAUGCAUUAUGUACCCGAGGUGAAAGGUGUAGAACAAGAGUUCGAUGGGGAAGAAGAGGAGGGAACGUUGUCUGGAGAGGUGAGAGAGUAGAGUAAGACGUCUCCUCAAGCUUCUCUGCACUUUUCCUCUUUUAGUGUACAGAAGAGUAAAUUCCAGUGAGCGAGUGCUCUCUUUUCUGUCACGUUUUGAAUUUGAUUUGUCGUGUUUUUCGGGCUUUUGAAUUACACUCGAGAAUGUUCUGAGAGAUCACUAGUUGAUCUGGUUUGUAACAUGCGUUUAACCUACAGGAAUAAGUUUUUUUGGAUG